GGUCAAAUUAUCAAUUUUGGAAAGUAAUGCUAUAUUAUUCAUUUUCCUCGUCAUUUCAUUCGCUGGACAUCUAUAGGGUAGCAGAAGGAGAGUGAUCUUAUCAAAACAUCUGAUUUGUCUCCCUUUUCUUCAAUUACUCAAAGAAGAACACCCUUCUACAGGAUGGAGAAUGACAAAGUGGUUGAUCUUGAAAUCCAUGAAGACGGGAGCAGGGGGCCGGAGACCCAUCAGGGGAACGCCCGACGAUCCCUCAGGGACUUCAGAUCGAUGGGCUGGAGGGAGAUUGGCAUGGUUCUGUUGACGAAGUUGAGAGCAAACUUGCUCCUGGUGCUGACCCUUGCUAGUGUGAUCCUUGGUAUAUUCUUUGGAGGUGUCCUGAGGAAUGCCGAACCUAGCAGCACAGCGAUCAAGAUCAUUGGUUUACCUGGCGAUGUUCUGGUCAGGCUCCUGAAGAUGCUGGUCCUGCCGUUGAUAGUAUCGAGCUUGAUUACCGGUUUGACGAGCCUUGAUACCAAGUCAUGUGGCAAGCUGGGAGCGAGGGCUCUCGUCUAUUACUUCACGACAUCCUGCGUCGCAGUCAUCGUCGGGAUCAUUGUCGUCCUCGCUAUUCGUCCUGGUAGGACGGGCAAAGACCAUCAGGUCGAUUACGAUGAGAGAAAAGACGAUACCGAUCCCCUUGAAUCGUUCAUUGAUAUAUUGAGGAAUCUGUUCCCCUCUAAUCUGGUGCAAGCAUGUUUCCAACAGGCGAUGACCGUUUAUGGAAUCAAGGAAAAGAUGGUCCUCGUACCCAAUGAUACCUUCCAGGAUGCCAAUUGUACUUGGAAAAAUGCAUCCGAGACGGGAAUGUGUGAGUCAGUAGUAAAUGGAACUGAGACAACUAUCUCAAAAAGCUACAAAGAUGGCAUGAAUGUGCUCGGUCUCCUGGUUUUUAGCAUCCCUUUCGGUAUUCUCUUGAGUAGAAUGGGAGAGAAAGGUCGGGUUAUGGUGGAUUUCUUCGAAAUAUUGUCCGAGCUCACCAUGCAACUUGUCAACAUUGUUAUGUGGUACUCACCGGUGGGCAUCAUGAGUCUCAUCUGCGCAAAGAUUCUUUCGAUGAAGGACCUCUCAGAAGUUUUACCCACUCUCGGCUUAUACAUGUUAACUGUUGUGCUCGGACUUCUUGUCCAUCUUGCUAUUCUCAUGACCAUCUUCUACGCCACUACCAGGACAAACCCUUUCCGAUUCUUUGAAGGCAUUCUUCAAGCGUGGCUCACAGCUUUCGCUACUGCGUCUAGUUCUGCGACACUUCCUGUAACUUUUCGUUGCCUUGAGGAUAACCUGAAAGUGGACAAGCGAGUAACACGAUUCGUUUUGCCCAUUGGUGCUACUGUCAAUAUGGACGGCACCGCCCUCUACGAAGCGGUUGCCACCAUCUUCAUUGGACAAAUGAAUGGCUUUGCUAUGCCUUUUUCUAAGAUCCUCACUAUAAGUCUUACAGCUACCCUCGGUAGCAUUGGUGCCGCUAGUAUACCAAGUGCGGGCAUAGUUACCCUGGUAUUGGUAUUGACUGCCGUUGGUUUUCCAAUAGAAGACGUUGGUCUUCUUAUGGCUGUCGACUGGUUUCUGGAUCGUUGCCGUACAUCCAUCAACGUAGUUGGAGAUUCUUACGGAGCUGGUAUAGUCUAUCAUCUCUCUAAACAGGAGCUAGACACACCCGACAAAGGGGAGGCUGAAUUGGAGAUCGAGGAAGGUAAGGAAAACGGGGAUCUCCCAGCUGGAAACGCUGAGACAGAGAUCGAAAAGAGCGUGGAAAAUGAUGGCAACGCCACGAAAGAAGGAUCUAACUGCGAUUCCGGAGUCUAGACUCGGAUUCACUAAUUGGGCUGUGAUUCAUGACGUCACUUUAUUCGAGAUUGGGCGGGGCCUAAUAGGUGACUGCUCAAAUCUAUCUCCGACAUUGCAGUUCUAUACCUUUUAGUAGAAUGAGUAUGCUUUUGUACGACAGAGAUAAAAUACAAACUUUAAUAUUCCGAGGUAUAAUCAAGAUAUUCUCCAAUCUUUCCGUAAUCUAGUGUUGUAGUCGAGAUAAUUGCUCAUUCCAACAUUGUUCUAGAAAACCCUACUCGGACUUUAACCAUUAGUCAAAGAGUAACUAGUAUUGUAUAGAGUAGCCUUUGAAGUACGUUUUAAACUUAGUCACACACUUUCAUAAAAAGGUAUCAAAAACCCCGCUCAAAAUUGCACCCUAAACACUACAGGUAGCACACAUUUCGUGUGAGAUUUUGAAAACUAAGCACAAAAAGGGAACUACAAUGGUAUUUUUAAAGUUUUCAGUUUUUCAAAAUGGAAAGUGCCUUUUUUCAAAAUGAAAUGUGCCCUUUUCACAAUGA